AGAGGGUGCGGAGCGGGUGGCCAUUUUAGCGGCAGGAGCGGCAUUCCUGGACAAUGGGUCCUGAUGGUUCCUGAGGCCGGCCGGCCGGUUGGGGUGGGGAGAGGAAAGAGAGCAGCGUCGAGUGGCUCUUUGCCAGCGUCAAACUCGGGGAGAAUGCGGCAGAAUUGGAUGGAAGCGGAAAUGGAGAGCCGGGCUGAGUGGUGACCGCCCUGGACCUUAGGCCUCGAUCCCGGGGCGGGGGAUCCUGCGAAAGAAAAGAUCUGUCGCAUUUCAGAGUUGAAGUAAUGACUGGUCAGAAAAACAAAGACGCCAUGGGGAAUUUCUUUGACAUCUUCAAGAGUUUUUUUGGGAAGAAGGAGAUGCGAAUUCUUAUGGUGGGACUGGAUGCAGCAGGCAAAACCACAAUUCUGUAUAAACUCAAACUUGGGGAAAUUGUAACAACUAUUCCCACUAUUGGUUUUAAUGUGGAAACAGUAGAAUACAAGAAUAUAAGCUUCACAGUAUGGGAUGUGGGCGGUCAAGAUAAAAUUAGAUCUCUCUGGCGGCACUAUUUCCAGAAUACACAAGGCCUAAUAUUCGUUGUUGACAGUAAUGACCGAGAGCGCAUCAAUGAGGCAAGGGAUGAGUUGAAUCGAAUGCUAUCAGAAGAAGAGCUGAAAGACGCUGUGUUAUUAGUCUUUGCAAAUAAGCAGGAUUUGCCCAAUGCGAUGAAUGUUGCAGAAAUCACAGAUAAACUGAACCUCCACCAAAUCUACCAAAGAAUUUGGUACAUCCAGGCAACCUGUGCUACCAGUGGCGAUGGUCUUUAUGAAGGUCUCAAUUGGCUGGCUAAUCAACUUGGAAAACAGAAGUGAUCCAUUCCACUUUCUGCCUCCACAUGACCAACCGUGCUGCUGUGUGCGUGUGCGUGUGUGUGCGUCUGUGUGUGUGCACGCGCGUGUGUGUAAAUUGUUGAGUGGGAGCAGUUUCCUCACCAUGUGCCUUUUAUAAUACAGAAGGGUUAGGGACACUACUUAGUUGAACUGGUAUUAUGAAGAAUUAUGAAAGUAUUUUACUAAUAAAGAUGAAUGGUUCUAGUUUUGGAAUAGUGGCCAGUGAUACUUGUAAGCAUGAAGUCAGUUUGCAGCAUGUAAUUGCUAGCUGUCCAAACAUUAGGACCAUGAUGUGCUAUUUUAUGGCCCCUUUUUCUAACUCGUGGUGGUGGGGAGCAGGGGAGAUGUGCUUGAUCUCCAGCAAAUAUUGUUGUGGAAUUUGAGAGCAGGACUGCAAACCUUGCUUGCAAUUUCAUCUGAACUUUUUGUUGUCCUGAACCUGAGUGGUACAGGCUGGUUUUAAAUUGUGCUCAUGUAUUGAAAAUUUGGGGGUGGGGAAAGGUGAAAAUCCAUAUCUUUUCUAGGGAAAUCUUUCACUUGUUUUGAGCUCUGGUUUGGUUUUGAUAACUCUGCAAAAAAAAAAGGAGCGGCAUUGUGUCCACAUACGGGCAACUCUGUGCUGAAUGGUGCAAUGUUAUGGGUUUGUAGAAACUUAAAUCCUGCAACAUAAAUAACGUGUGGAGGUCACUGAGGCUGCUGCUCCCAUUCCUCUGUUUUGUGAAGAUUUUGAGCGACACUUGUAUGUAUUUACUACAAGGGAGGGGUGAAGGCCUCAAAUACAUAAAUAACAAAUAUCUAACCCUUUUUACUUGUAAAUACCAAGAGGCAACCACCCACUCCCCCCCUUAAAAAAAAAAGUACUUGGUGUCUCUAUCCCCACAACAACACUACAAGACAAGUGAUUUUAAAGACACGCUUGAUCUCCAUUAAUGGUUUUUGGAAUUAAACUUUGAGAUGAUGGGAAUUUAAAAUUGCACACCUGUGUUCUUGGAAUCCUCCCCAAAAUGUCUGACACAGCUACCAAAAAAAGAAAUUUGAAAACUCUUCAGGUUGUUUGAAGAUUAUUUAGGUUUAGUCAGAAUAUUUAUCGUCAACAGACCAGUAGUAUCCAUUUCAAAUUGACUUCUUUGUGUGUUAAUGACCAAUCGAAUACAGAUGCCUUCUGCACAAACUGGAUAUAGCUAAAACACUGUUACAAGUUGACGUUAAGAUGCAUACUGCAAUCUUGUAAACUAGCAAUAUAGAAGGGGAGAAGUCAGCUGGGAAUUGCCUGAAUCAGUUUACAAAAGUGAAAUACUGCGGAUACUAGAAAUUUGAAAUAAAAUCAGGAAAUGCUCAGCAGGUCUGGCAGUGUCUGUGGAGAGAAAAAUAGAGUUAAUAUUUCAGGUUCCUGGUCCAACAAGCCCAAAACUGCUGAGCAAUUCCAACAUUUUCUUAUUCUAUUUACUCUUUAGUUACAGGAUUUAAGAAAACGAUGUAAUGUAGUAAUAUAUUUUAAGCAGACAGACGUUAUACAUGAAAGCAAUAGUGAAGCUUUGAUUUUUUUUUUUAAAUACUGAAGGCAGACAUCAAAAGGGGAGUAAAUAUAAUAAUAUCUAAUCUUAAAAAAAAAAAGUCAGGUUGUUUUUAAACUAUAUUUAAAAACCUGCCUUGAAUGCACUUGUAUUAAAGGUAUCUCCUAGGGUAAAUGAUUGUUACAUAGCAGCGUGUUACUGUGCCGGUGUAAGACUGAAUUCCUGCCAGGUUUUGUGGGAUGUGUUUGACGGAGGUGGGAGAAGAAAAUGUUUGCAAAUAUUUCUGCUAGCAAUAAAAUUUCAUUCCCCGUCUUAA